CUGAGUACAAUGUUCUGUAUUUGGUGAACUAAGAUGUCUCAGGCUGGGACAGAAACUGAUCUGGAUUGGUAAGAACCCCAGAAAUGGGAUUAGCUAGGUGAAUGUGCUGACCUGAUAAAACAUGGAAGUGGCUAAAGGACAACAGAUCAGACACCUGAUGGUGGCAUGGCAGGGUUUAGAAUUGUGAAUUACAUCAAGCAAAGAUCAGCGUUACAUGAACAGGCAAGACAUCUGAUUCAGUUGUCUUACAGAAACUAUAGUAAAGUCUGUGCCUGUGCCUAUCAUUCCCUUGCUUUCUAUUAUUCUUUGACUCAGGGCACUGUCUUAGUUUGACAGUGUUGACGGAGAUUCUUUUGGUUCCACUAUGUAUUUUAUCAGCAGAUCAUAUCUAAAAUUUCAAACAUGAGUCAUUCUAAGCCUUUCCUUCAGAGUGGAAGAACAUACUUAGCACACACAGGAAAAAAGCAGUUCCUAUAAUGUCACAUGAGUUUCUUUUUUCAGUCAGUCCAGAGACAGGACUGAUGGUACUUGCUCCCUGACACACCGAAAAAUACCUGCUUCACUCCGCUACAGAAUGCCUCAACUCCUGGGUAACAGCAGUUCACAUGAACAGGCUGCUGUAUAUUAUGCAUCAGAAUCCAUUGUCUCCAUUGCUAUCUUCAUCAUCGUUAUCAUCAUAGGUAUCCCAGGCAAUGGACUGGUGAUCUGGGUAGCCGGUCUGAAAAUGAAAAGGUCUGUGAACAUUGUCUGGUUCCUAAACCUUGCUGUGGCUGACUUCAUAUGCUGCUUGUCCUUGCCGUUUUCCGUUGUUCACCUGGCCCUCCAUGAACACUGGCCAUAUGGUUGGUUCCUCUGCAAAGUCAUUCCAUCAGUCAUAAUCUUCACCAUGUUUGCUAGCGUCUUCCUACUCAUGACCAUCAGCAUUGACCGGUGCCUCCUUGUGAUGAAACCUGUCUGGUGUCAAAAUCAUCGAACAGUGAAAUUUAUAUCACUAAUAUGCAGUGGCAUUUGGAUCCUGGCCUUCAUUUUCUGCUGUCCUGUCUUCCACUACCGUGAUACUAGCACUCAUGAUGGCAAAACUGAGUGUGGGUACAAUUUUGGAGAUGAUGAGGUGCUAGAUUAUAUGAAUGAUUCUGUAAAUGAGUUAUUGGAAGAAUACUCACUUUUAGUCUACAAUGGUAAUGACUCAUGGGGAAAUUUCUAUGAAGGUGAUUAUUCUGUAUCCCUUGCCUUAGUGGUAAUAAACAUCACUAGGGCUGUCUUUGGCUUUGUACUCCCCUUUGGCACAAUGGCAGUUUGCUAUGCCCUUAUUGCUUUCAGAAUGCGUGCAAAUCAGUUUCACAAGCCACACAGCAGGAUGCUGCGAACAAUUGUGCUCAUGGUGGCUGCAUUCUUCAUCUGCUGGGCUCCAUACCAUGUAGUUGGGAUUCUGUCCCUUGUACCUACUCUUGGAACAGGACUGAGCGAGUCAUUGAUCCUCUGGGAUCACCUCUCUACAGCACUUGCAUACGCCAACAGCUGCAUCAACCCCUUGCUCUAUGUCUUUGUGGGACGGGACUUCAGGGCAAAGGCACGGCAGUCACUGCAAGGAAUCUUGGAAGGUGCCUUUACUGAGGAGCCAACACGUUCGAUGCCUUACUCCCUUCACGGAAGCAAGACUUCAACAGAGAAGGAUGUUAGCAGCACAGUGUAAUGCAGGACUUCUGAUCGCUGCUGUAGAAAGAGCAAGCUAUGGCUCUGCACAUCAGUCACUCUCUACUUAACUUUUUUUUUUUGCUCCAACACAUUUGAUUAAUCCGCAGAUCCACACACAGGGCACUGAGAUGGUUCAGAUCAGAACAGCUACCCCGCUUUAUAUCCUACUCGAGAGAUGGGAAGUUGGAAGUACCAAGAGUGAUAAUCUGAGGGAAGACUGGUGAAGCAGGAGACACAGAGUACUUCAGCCUUUGAAGGACACAGGCUUGCAGAAUGAUUUGCAGUGGGAUCAUGUAGUUCAACCUCUGAAUUGCUAGAUGAGAAUGUCAUUAUUUUCAUAUGUCUAUGUUCUACAUCUGUCUCUGAUAAAGUGCAGGUGAAACUAA